AUGUGUACUGUUUACAUACAUUCAAAAAAUAUGCUUGUGGGUAAUAGUAAUAUUAAUAUUAAAAAUGAUAAUGUUGAUAUGUUAAUUUAUAGUUACUAUCAAUUAAUGGAUCCUUUAAGAGAUUAUGAAAGAAAAUUGUUUUGGCUUUUUUUAUACAAUAGGAAGAGAUGUAUUAAUGAUGUGUCAUAUGAAAAUAUUACGAAAUUUUUAUUAUAUGAUGAUAAGUUAUACAUGUCAAUAUAUAAUACAAAUGUAUUAUUAUAUAUGGGAAAAAAAAAAUAUAUAUUAUAUGCUAUUACAAUUUAUACUUAUGUAUAUUCUAUUUAUUAUUUAUUGUUACAUGUAUUUGGAUUUGUUAAAUCAAUUUUGGAUAGCCAAAUUAAUGUGCAAUUUUGUAAAGGAAUUCAUAAAAUAAAAUAUAAUGAAUAUUGUUAUAGUUAUAUAAAGUGCAAUGAUAAUUCAAUAUGUGAAGAGGGUGUGAAAGACACGAAGAAAAAAAAAUACACUAUAAUUAUUAAACAAAUUAUAAAUAUGUAUAAACAUAUAGAAUUUAAUGUAACACCUUUUGUGGAAAUAAGUUGUGUAAGAUAUGAAUUUUAUAAUACAUUCACAUUGUUUAUUAUGUUGUGGUACAGUCAUAUUAAUGACCAUUUUAUGAAAAAAGAAUUCACACAUUAUCGAUAUCUUAAAGAAAUUGAAAAAAUAAUAGAACAUUUUAUAUACACAUAUGAAAAACCAAUUUUUAAAUAUUUAAAAUGCAAAAAGGUAGAUAACGUAAAUAUAUUUUUUUCUUAUCGUCUAAAUAAUAAAAACAAACGAAAUGUUUAUAUCUUAAGAUCUAUAUGUAUAUAUAUUAUUGAAAGUCAAUGUUUCAAAUUUUUUCAUUUAAAUAAUUAUAUAUUAGAACGUAAUUAUUUGAAAAAAGUUCAUAAAUUUUUCUUAACACUUCAAAAGUUAUUAAAAUAUUUUAAUGAAUGUUUAAAAUAUUUCAUAUCAUUUCUGUUCCCUAAUAAAGAGUUUAAUAUUUUUAUUCAGUUUGCAUCUUAUAAUAUUCCUGCUUUCUAUUUAAAUUAUAUUAUAAUAAAUUGUUAUACAUUACUUUUUGGAAUUAUUUUAUAUUUUUUUAAGAAUAAUAUCAAGAGAAUAUGUAGGUAUAUUAAAUACUAUGCCUUGAUGGAAAGGCUUAAUAUUAUUAAUGUGUGCUAUAUAAGAUUAUAUGACAAGAUAAAUAAAAGAUCUGAUCCUUUUGUACAGGUUUAUUCACAUGUGCAUACACAUAUGUGUGAAUAUGUUUUAGAACAUUGUUUUGAUGUAAAACAUAUAAUAUGUUAUAGUAAGGAAUCACUAUAUAAAAAAAAUAUAAAUAAUAAUAAUAAUAAGAAGAAUAAGAAUAAGUGUGGUAAUAAUAAUUAUAGUAAUAGUAAAGAAAAUCGUUACAACUAUAAUGAUAAGAAUAAAAAUGAUUCUAAGUAUAUUUUACAAUUUUGCAGCUUCAAUAGAAACAGUUAUAAUAAUCGAAAAGAACAAACGAAUAAUGAACAAGACGACGAUGAUGAUGAUAAUAAUAAAAAAAAAAAAAUUUCAAAAUACGAAUCAGAUGACAAACAAUUUUUAAUAGUGAAAAGAAAAAAUGUUAAAGUUAAUGAUAAUAAUCUUUUAAAAGUUAAAAAGAAAGUUAUUAAAAAAAAAAUUGAAAAAAGAAAGAAAGGUUAUAGUUUUAAUAUAGGUUGUGAAAAAUAUAAUAAUCAAAUAAUAAAAAAUAUGAAGACAUAUAAUAAAAGAACAUUUUAUAUUAAUAAGAAUGAAUAUAAAAAAGUUAUAUUAAAAAAGUUAAAAUUUAUGAAUAAAAGAAUAAAUAAUUAUUUCAUUAAAGACAGAAAUAUUUUUACUAAUAAAUAUAGGUCUAAAAAAAGAUAUUUUGCUAAAAUAUUAAAAAAAAAAAAAUAUUUAUAUACAUAUGAAUCAAAUAAAAAGGGUAAGAAGAAUGUUUAUUUAAAUGAACAAUCGUUUAAAGUUAAAAUGUUGAGAUCCUUAUUUUAUAUUAUUAAAUAUAAAAAUCUUUGUGAUAAUUUGAUAAAUAUAAAUUAUCAAGUUUAUGACUUAUUGAAUAAAGAUGGAAUAAAAAAUUUUAAUUAUAUAGAGGAUAAUAGAAAUUUGAAUCGUAUUAAGGAAUAUAAACAAUUUUGUUUGAAUGAUUAUAAUGAUUGGACAGCAUAUACAAAAAAUGAAAUUUUAAAUUAUAUAUCUGAUUAUUUGUAUAAAUCACAUAAAUAUAAUGAUUUUGAAAGUUUAAAGAAGAUGUUACAAAGAAUAUUUUCUUGUGAUAUGGAUACUUCUCAUAAUAAUAAUAAUGAAAUUAUAAAUUUGAAUAAUAGUUAUUUGGAUAAUCAAAAGAAAUAUAAUACAUCAAAGACAUCAUUUAAUAGUAGUAAUAAGCAUUGGUUUGUUUAUAAAAAAAGUAUUAAGGAAGAAAAGAAAUAUUAUAUACCUUUGAAUAAUGUGAUGAAUAAUAAAGUAAAUGGAUGUUAUAAUACAAAUGAUUAUGUUAAUGGUAUAAAUAACGAUAUUACAGAAAAGAUGAACGAUCCUAAUGUGAAGACAUUAGACAAAGUUGUAAUCGAUGAUAAUAAUAAUAAUAAUGAUAAUAAUAAUAAUAAUAAUAAUGAGGUUGAUAAAAAUAAAAAAAGUUUACAGGAAAAACAAAUAAUAUAUAUAGAUGAACAUGUGGAAGAAGAUACUGUUCACAUGUUAAACUUACAAGAAAAGAAUUUAUGUAAAUAUUUUCAAGAAAGCCAAAUUGGAUUAAUAAGAUAUAUUGAUUGUUUACUAAAACGUUACAUUAAAAAUUUAAAUCACGAAAAAUAUUUCAAUAUAUUUUACAAAGAUACAUAUAAUAAUAAUAAUAAUAAUAAUAAUAAUAUCGAUAAUGAUAAUGUGUUAGGGGUCUUAUAUAAUUUAUUUACAUCCAUUAAAAUUGAUGAUAUGAUUAAGUGUAAUUAUGAAACAUUUCAAAUUGUAUUAAAUAAUAAAAUAGUAGAUAUAAUAAAUAUUUUAGAUAAAUUAAACACAUAUACAACUCACGAAUAUAACAGCAUGAAUUGUUCAUGUAGUGUGAAAGAACAUGAAAAUCUAUUUAAUCAAAAUAUAAAGUAUAAAAAUUUUUUAAAUAAUAAAUAUAAUACAUUUGAUAAUAAGGAAGUACCUAUAAAUGAAUAUCGUUUCUUGGAGAGUCAACGAACAAACGAAGAUAACCAAAUAUAUAAAAAUAGUGAUAAGGUUAUCUAUGAAAAUGUUUAUGAUGAGAGUUUUAUAUUUGAUCGUAAAGUUUGCACUAAUAAUACCUGCGUGAGUAUUAUUAAUCAGAGUAGUAAUAGUGAUAGUAGGAAAUUAAAUUGUUUUAUAAAAAAUGAAAUAUAUGAUUUGGGAUGUAACCAAAGGAGAGAAGCAAAUCGGAAUAGUGAAAGAUCAUAUGGUAUAAUGUAUAAUGAAAAUGAUAUGAAAAUUAAUUUGGGGAUGUUAUUAAGAAAUGAUAUAUCACUAUUUAAUAGGAGUAGAAAUGUGAACAGGAUAAACGGGAAUAGAAAUAAUUGUAACAGGUGUGAUGAUAAUAAUGCUGAUAAUAAUGAUGAUAAUAAUAAUGAUGAUAAUAAUGAUGAUGAUAAUAAUAAUGAUAAUAAUAAUAAUGAUGAUAAUAAUAAUGAUGAUAAUAAUAAUGAUGAUAAUAAUAAUGACGAUAAUAAUAAUGAUGAUGAUAAUAAUAAUAAUAAUCACAAUAGUAACAAUAAUAAUAAUCACAAUAGUAACAAUAAUAAUAAUCACAAUAGUAACAAUAAUAAUAAUCAUAUAAAUAGAGAUAGAUACAUUAAUCAUCAUAACAUUAUUAGCAACGAAUAUAUUAGACAACAAAUUAAAUAUACAAAUAUAAAUUUUAACAACCAUAAGAAUGACUCCAUAAACGAAAAUGUAAGAAAUAAAAGUACCAUAACACAGGUGAAUGGAUUGAAUUAUAAUACAAAUGAAAAAGAUAAAGAAAAGAUUAAUCAUAAUGAUAACCAUAUACAUACGAAGAGAAUUAUACGAAAUUAUUCAAAUAAUUUGGAUAUGCAUUUUAUGAAUAACAAUAUACAUUUAGAUAAUAAUAAUAAUAAUAAUAAUAAUAAUAAUAAUAAUAAUAAUAAUUGUAAUUAUAUUAGAUGGGAAAAUAUUUUUCCAUAUUGUAAUAGUUGUAAAAAUAAAUAUGCUAAUAAAUUUGAAAUAAAUAAUUUUGAUAAUAAUAUUAUGAAUAAAUAUGAAAAGUAUGAGUGUACUUGUUGUGGUAAUAAAAUAAGAAAUGAAGAAAUAUAUAAUAUACUUGGAAAGGUUACUUCUGAAAAUUUAAGAAAUAUAUAUAAAUCCAAUAGAAUAAAUAAUACAGAUAAUAUUUUAAGAUACAAUAGAGAAAAUGAAUGGAUGAGUUCAUUUUUUUUUAAGGAAAAUAAUAAUAGGGAAAUAUACAAAGAAGAAUAUGAUGAAUAUAAAAAUGAUUUUUUUUUGAAUAUAAAAGAAGGAGAAAAAAGUAUGCUUAAUAAUAUAUUCAGAAAUAAUUCCUUAAAAGAAAAAUUAAUAAAUGAAGAAAAUAUAACAAAAACAAAUAACAAUGUUUAUGUUAAUAUUUUACAAAAUAAUGACAUAGAAAAAGUGGGAAAGCAACAAGAUUGUAAUAAUUCAUUAUUACAAUUAUCUUUAUAUCGAAUAAAUAAGACGAACAAUAAUAAUGAUAUUAUUAUUCAUAAUAAUUGUAACAUAAACAAUAUCAAUAAUUUAAAUAGCGGUAAUAACACACAUAGUAGCAAUAAUGUUGUAAGCACAAAUAAUAUUGAGAGUAGAAAUUAUAGAAAUGAUCUGUACCUUAACACGAAUGACAGAAUUAUAUUUCAUCAAUAUAAAAAUAGUUGUAUGAUUAAUCAUAAUAAUCAUUAUGAAAUAAAUAAGGAUUAUAAUAAUAAAUGUAUAAAUGAAUGUGAAGCAGAAGAUAUUAAAGACACCAAUGAAGUUAAAGAGAUAUCUAAUGAUGUUUUAUAUAAUUAUUUGAAUGAUAUGAAUGACAGAUUUUUUUACAAUUAUUUGGAUGACAAUGAAUAUCAUAGUGAUGUAAGGAGCAACCAUAUUUCUAGUAACAAAGAUUAUGAUAAAAAAUAUUAUAGUAACAACAAUUAUCAUAAUAAUCAUAAUUGUAGUAAUCAUGUAUAUUAUAAUUAUGAUAGCAUUAUAUCUAGUCCAAAUCAAAUGUAUAAAAAUAUACAAGAAUGUAAAGAUAUCAAUUUAGUAAAUGAUAUGAAACUUUACAAACUGGGUACUAUUAAAAAUAAGUAUGAUAAUAUUAUUAAUGAAGAUAUAAUGCAGAGUUAUAAAAAUAAAUACAAUAAUAAUAAUAAUUAUUAUAAAGGAAAUGUGGAAAAUUAUUAUGAUAUAAAUAGUGAGUAUUAUAAUAAUGAUAUAAAAAUUGGUUCAAAUAUACUUUAUGAUUUUUUUAAAAAUAGGAAUAGUACGGAAAGUACACUUUUGAUAAAUCAUUAUAAUUAUAAAAUGGGAUCAAUAAAUAAUAAUAAUGAUGAUAAUAAAAAUAAUAAUAAUAAUAAUGAUAGUAGUGAUAAUAAUAAUAAUAAUAAUAAUGAUGAUGAUAAUAAUAAUUAUUAUUAUUAUUAUAACAUAAACAGUGAUCUCUUAUUACAUCAACUAAAUAAUAUCUGUAAUAACAGAAAUAAUAAUAUAUCUUUAGAAAGGAGAUUAAAUUAUUUAAAAGACGAAUUAAUAAAUAAAAAAAAAACAAAUGAGACUGGGAAAAAAGAAGUUGAUGAUUUGAGAAAUCUUAAAAGUAAGAGAGAUGUUUUUUCUUAUAUAGAAAAUUGUCUUUUAAAUAACAAUAUUGAAAAGAAUAAAAAUUAUAUAAAAUUGAAAAUUAAUGAAAUAGAGGACACUAAAAGGAAUAAUCAACAUUAUAAGAAUUAUGAUAAGUAUAAAAAUAAUUAUGAUUGUAAUAAUAAUAAUAAUAAUAAUGUCAUAUUUAAUAUUGAUGAGAAUGCUUGUAAAACGUCUGACAACAGGUCAAGAACUCAACCAUUACAAAACAAAAAUAUAAAUAAAAAUGAAUAUUUCAAUUCAAUUAAAAUAUAUGAAAAUAUAAAUGAAAAUUAUAAUGUACUUGUACAGAAUAUAAAUAAUAUACGAAUUAAAAAUGAAAAAAAGUACCCUGAACAAAAUAGCCAUCGUGAAAAUAAUAAUGACGUAAUUAAUGAUAAUAAUAGUGAUGAUAAUAGAUGUAAUGAUAAUACACAUUUAAUGAAUCAAAUAAAUAAUACAAACGAGGAAGACUCAAAUGUUAAAAUAAUUAAUGAUAAUGUAUGUUCCUUCUCUAAUAAUAACAUAAAAGAAACAUUCAAAGAUAAAAAAAAGGUACAAGAUAUAUUACAUAUAAAUGGACAAUGUAAACCUUGUGCAUUUUUUUACAAUAAAAAUAAAGGAUGUAGAAACGGAGAUUCUUGUGAAUUCUGUCAUCAUAUAGAUCAUUCUAACUUAUCAUUAAAACAGUGGAAAAAACAACAGAAAAAAAUGAUGAAAUUAGGUCUUCUACAUACUGAAAAACAAAACAAAAUGGGAAAGAUAGAUAUAGCUAAUAAAGAAAAGCAAAAGAAUUCUAUUAAUAUGGAAAAUCUAAAUAAUACCAACAAUAAUAUUAUUAAUAAUGAAAAUUAUAUAAGAAAAGAUAAAGGUAAGUUGAAUGAGGCUAAUAAUAUAGCAGACUAUACAAGUGAAAGUAACGAUAAUAGCAUAAAUAAAUCCUUGAAUAAUUAUGAUAUUUUUAUAAGUCAACAUAAACUAUAUAAUGAUGUGACUAGUAUGGAUAAAAAAGAAUUUAAUAAACAAAGUGAUCAUAUUUUUAAUAAUUAUCAUAUUGAUGGAUAUAAUGUAGACAAUGUUCGGAGUAGUAAUCAUAUAAGUAAUAACAGCAUCAUAAUAAAUAAGAGACAAAUGAUGAGUAAUAAUAAAAUUGUUAUUAAUAAUCACCAUAUAAGUAAUAAAAAUAUGAUAUUUAAUAACAACAUUAUAAAUAAUAACAUUAUUAUGUAUAAUAAAAAGAAAAGUAACAACAGCAGUAGUAGUUGUUGUAUCAAUACAAUGCAUGGAAACAACAAUAAUAACAAUUUUCAAUGUAGCAAUAUCUUGAGAAACAUGACUAAUCAAAAGAUAGACAUAAAAGAUAAUAUGAUUUUAAAAAAAAUAUCCACAAAUAAUUGUGAAAUGAAUAAUCUUAAUUCGUGUUCUUUUUUAUCAAAUUCAUCUGAAAAUGGUUCAUACAAAACAGAUGAAUUUCUAAAUGUAAAUGAAAAAUAUAGAAUUAAUGAUCUAAAUAUAUUACAUAGUAAUAAUAAAGAGGUGAAUAAUAUAUUGAAGGGUCAUAAUAUUAAACAUAAUAAUAAUAAAAUUAAUGAUAUAAAUAUAUUACAUAGUAAUAAUAAAGAGGUGAAUAAUAUAUUGAAAAGUCAUAAUAUUAAACAUAAUAAUAAUAAAAUUAAUGAUAUAAAUAUAUUACAUAGUCAUAAUGAGUUUUAUAAUAUUCACACAAAUAAUCAUAAAAGUGAUUUAAAAUGUGUAGGUGGCCAUAUUACGAAUGAUAGAUAUGAAAAUAGUAUCUUAUCCCAAAUUAAAACACAUGAAAAAGAGAAUAUAAGACAAAUAAAACAUACUAAUAUUGAGGAGGAAAAUAAAAAAUAUGUUCUUCCUGUUAAUCAUAAUGAAAUAUAUUUAGGAGAGCACAAUAAAAUAAAAAGUGAUAAAAAUGAGACACAAGAUAAUGAUACAAUAGGAAAAAAAAUUAUAUAUAACAUUGAAAAAAAUCUUUUAGAAAAUAGACCUUUAAAUUUUAAUAAGGGUCAUGAUUAUAAAAGUAUGAUAAAUAGUAUGAGUACAUUAAAUAUGAAUAAUGUUUGUUAUGAUAAAAUGAAGAUAAUGAGUAUGACUAAAGACAUCCAGAAAAAUGUUAUAAAACAAACAAAAUUAUUUCCUAAAUUUAUAAGAAAUAAUAAUAAUAUAGUACAAGAUUCCAUAAAUGUUACUGAUAAUAAUAGUACACGUGAUAUUACAUAUAUUAAUGAUAUAUUAAAACGGGAACCUUUAAAAGAAAAUGUGAAUUAA